UAGAAAUAGUAUUUAAAACUGUUCCAAACCCGAUUUUUAUUACACCACCAAACAAUCUCCAAAGCUUAGAACCAUGGGUAAUUGGUUUAUAAAAUCCGGUCAGAAUACUAUUGUAUGUGACCUUUGUGAAAUCAUCGCUGCUGAUAAUCAUUGCAAUUCCUGCGUGUUUAAUCUUUGUCAAGAUUGCAUUUGUGAUCAUUCCAGAAGCAGAAGUAAAAGAAAGAAAUAUGAGCACGACAUCGUGGCUUUUACACAGAAAAAAACCCAGAUACAUUCUCAAAUAUGUCAAAAACAUAAGCUUGCAAGAUGCAUGAGAUUUUGUAAACAAUGUAAAAUACCCGUAUGUCAAGAAUGUGUAUUUACUGGAGACCAUCAAAGUCACAGAACCAUGUAUCUUUCCAGUUAUAUCAAUGAUCGAUACCAUGAGAUAAAUAAACAUAAUGCCCAUUUGGAGAGUAAAGUAAUACCAGAAUUUAAACAGAACCUUUUAAGGAUAGAAAAUGCAACCUCUGCUACUGCAACUGCCUAUGACGAACUGAAUAAAUCUAUCCAGGAGCAUAGAGAAAUUUGUCACCGAAAAAUUGAUGACAUUUUUGACAGAUAUCAGAACGAGGCAGAUGAUUUAAGGAAAGAAGAUAUUUCUGCAUUGCAUAAUUAUCUAUCAAAUGAUAGUGCAUGUUUAAAACAAGCAUGUGUCAUUUUACAAAGAAAUAAAGAUAUUAUGAGUUCAGCAGAUAUUAAGGAUGUGGUAAAUUAUCAUCACAAGAAGGCAGAUAAUAUUUCCGAAUUUGAAGUUCAACACCCUGAAUUUGACACGAAACUCGUUAAUUGGAAGAAGUUAUACUUCGAAUUAGGAUAUCUUAAAAUAUCGGAUAAACCAAAACUUAUUCUGUCAGUCCCGACUCCGAUGGUACCCACAAGAGCAUGCAGCUUACCGGAAGAUCAGUUCUGGGUUUGUGGACAGGACAAUAUGAUUGCGCGCAUAAAUAUGGAUGGGGAAGUUCUAGAAACAGUUGACGUGCCAAUAAGUUUACAUGCAAAUGACAUUUCUAUUACAAACAACUGUGAAUUAAUCUUCACAGAAGGGAAACCUGGCAAAGUUACCAUCAUUAAAGAAGGAAAGACAGUAACUUUUAUAGAUGUAGGUCCACAGUGGCACCCGAGUGGUCUACAUUGUACAAAGGCAGGGGAUAUAUUGGUUACCAUGUCUGAUGACAGUUAUAAUAAUUAUAAAAUCGUCCGGUACACAGACGGAAAAGCAGUUCAAGAAAUUCAAAAUUACAAUAACGGAAAACCUUUGUUUCAUCCCGGUCUUAGAAUUCUGUUUGUAACCGAGAAUAACAAUGGAGACGUGUGUGUGUCAGAUACGAAUGGACGCGUAAUAAUUGUUUUGAAUAAAUUCGGAAAUUUCAAAUUUAAUUACAACACUUCCCGGGCAUUAAACGAUUGUUCAAAAUUAACAACGUUUGAACCAGGAUGUAUAGUAACGAAUAGUAAGUGUCAAAUGCUUUUCACUGUACAAAACUUUAUAUUCGUCAUCAAUCAUAAAGGACACUUUGUACAAUGUAUUGAUAAUUGCUUCCUGACAAUGGCGUCUGCUCUGUGUUUGGACUACACGGAAAGGGUUUGUGUCGGAGAGUUUACUAAAACCAAUUUAAAAAUUAUUAAGUACAGGUAAUAACAAAAAUUUCAAUGAAACAUUUUAUUUUUCUUUCUAAUUGUCUUAACACAAAUCAAGCAAUACUUGGUUUUGUUUCUGCUGCCAAAAUGGUUAGUUUUGUUCGUCCGUAAAAAAUACUUUCAAAUGUAAAUGGUAACAUCUUGUGCGUUGAACAAACCGCUUCCGGUUUUUUUCACAAAAAAAGACAAGAAAUACAUUGUGAAAUGUUCGAAGAAUUGUUCUAGUUAUUUCCCAUUGGCCGAUAUUUACGCUCCAUUUUAAAGUGAAUUAUUCUUCUCAUCAUUACAUUAGAAUAUUUUAGAGAAAUUGCAAGAAAAUUUACUUUCAAGUCAUAUUCUAGCUUUAUUAAAAUUUUUAUAUCUUCCAUUCGUCCGAGGCCUGUUAAUAAUUUGUAUACAUGUAAUAACUAUGAAAUUACUAAUUUAAAACUAAGCACUAGGUAUAAUAUUAUAUUUUUUAAAUUGCAACAUACUUUAUUAAAAAUUUCAACAUUUGUUAGUUGGAUACAGAAAAUAUCGGUACCUUAUUCCGGUCUCGUUAAACAUUAUUAGUAUAUAAUAGAUAAAACUAGUUAGUACAUUGUGAAUCUUCGAGAGCCGUCUACCGGCAAGGUUCUGAAAAAUAUGCUCACUUAGAUAGACUUAAAGUUGCAUAUGUUCGUGCACCGAAGCCGUCAGACUAAUUUUUACCAGAAGUGCACUGGCAUCGCCGAAAUUAAUCGUGAACCAGAUUAUCAUACUUCCGAUAGUGAGACAGAAGCUAGAUAAACGUUACAAUCUCAUCAGAAUCAACCGAUUGACAGAAUA